CUCGGAUUACUACAACAUAGAAAGAAUGGCCGACCAAAACACACUCGUGUAUUUUACAGUACUACAUGUUUUGUUAAAUAUUUGUUUACAUACAUGUCAGGGGAAAAUUUUCAGCAGGGAAUCGCAGCGGCAUAAGCAGACAGUCAUCGUUGACUUAAACGAUUACAAUCUUAAUCAGGUUUUCGAUAGAAAAAGACGAGAUGUAUCAGACGUUGGCUCAGUUCCCACAGAAUCUAAUGUAAAAAAUAACUCGUUGUUGUCAUCGAGUGUAUUCAGAAUUCCCGACAAACUCCACUCUCAAGCUGUUGUACACUGGUCUGGAGAAAAUGGCAAGGUUGUGUUUGUGCUAACUCGCCAGACAGAGCAUGGAUUUGUUACAGAUAGUACAUUAUGGAGAUCAAGUGAUUAUGGAACAACAUUUCAAAGAAUUGAUUUACCAUCAGAUGCAGUGGCAGAAUUUAUAUAUUCAUCCCCAGUGAAAAGAAAUCAGUUAAUUUUAACAGAUAUUUUGAACAAGAAAGUACAUUACACAAAUGAUGAAGGAAUAACAUGGACAUCUUCUUAUGUUGCAUUUGAACCUGAUAAAUUACUACUUCAUCCUACAGAAAACCAAUGGCUUUUAGGGUAUAGUGUCAUAAGUAUGGAGUUAUUUUCAAGUGGUGAUUUUGGAAAAACCUGGACAUUGUUACAUGAAGCAGUAUCGCACAGAUUUUAUUGGGCUGUAGAAAAUGUAGACCAAAACAACUUAACUGUUCAUAUGGAAAUCCAAGAUUUACACAUGUUAGGACCAAGUGAAUAUUUAGCCUGUGUUGCUCCAGAUUGUCAAGAUGUUACUCCAGACAAAGAUAUUGGUGAAAUUGAUCCAUUCUCUAUGAUUGUCAGAAAUGAGUAUGUAUUUGUACAGAAAUCUACAUUACGAUCAAGUGAUAUGUUUGUUUCACACAAUAGAGGUCCAUUCAGAAAAGCAUAUUUCCCAAUGAAUUUACACCCAACAGAUUUCCAUAUAGUUGACACAAGUGAACACCAAGUAUUUAUAGCUGCUGAUCAUAAAGAAAUGGAAGUAAACUUGUAUUUAUCUGAUACCAAUGGCCAGUUUUAUGUCCCAACACUACGUAAUGUUGUCAGUACUAUAGAGGAUCCUUGGUUAGAUGUUGACUUAUAUGAAGUGAAAGGUGUGCAAGGAACCUACAUCACCAACCAAUAUGUAAAUCUAUCUAAUGGUAAAGUUGUGGAGAAAACCUUUAUUUCCUUUGAUAAAGGAGGAUCUUGGUCUUUGGUUGCAGUGCCAGAAGACUUAAAACUCUCUUGUGAAGAUCAAUUAAAUUGCCAUUUACAUUUGCACAUGCGGUACAGCAAUUUGAUAUUUGGUAUCCCUGACAUAGUGUCAGACAAUGCUGCACCAGGACUUAUUAUUGCUCAUGGAUACAUUGGAGAAAAAGUUACAGAAGAUGCUCAUGUCUUUAUCAGUAGAGAUGGAGGAUUCAGCUGGAACAAAACUCCGUUUGAUGGUUUGUAUAAAAUAAAUAUAUUAGACCAGGGAGGAGCCAUAAUUGCAAUAGAACAGAACAGAACUAAAGUAACCAAUGUAGUUCACUUUUCAUCUGAUGAUGGAGCUACAUGGCAAUUACAUCAGUUCUCUACAGAAAUGAUGUAUGUGGAUGGUGUUCUUACUGAGCCUGGAAUAUCUACUCUCAUUGUUAGUGUUUUUGGAAGGCUUAGUGACAAAUCAGGAAGACAGAUGGUCAAACUGAAUUUUUCGUCUAUUUUAACAAAUAUAUGUGAAGAUGAUGAUUACAUUUCUUGGAUACCUGUAAAUAAGGCAAAUAACAGGAACUGUAUUUUAGGUGAGACAAUAGAGUACCAAAGAAGAAAACCAAAUGCAAUAUGUUACUAUGGACCUGAAUUUAAGCGACUCAAACCAAAGUCUCUCUGUCAAUGUACAGCAUAUGAUUAUGAAUGUGAUUAUGGGUAUGAACCAGAAGAUAUCAACAGACACAUUUGUCAGAGGGCAGAUUGGUUUGAUGACUCUAGAAUUAACCAUCACUGUGUCGAGGGAGAUUUUUACAUAAGAAGUCAGGGGUACAGAAAGAUAGCAUCCAAUAAAUGUGUCGGUGGUGUAGAGAAAUCUGGGAAGUACGAACUGUUAAAUAUCAGUUGUCCUGUAUAUAAACCAGAGGGAUUGUCACUAAGCAUAGAGCAUGAUACAGUAGCUACAGGAUCAUCUAUUGUCUUCAAACUUUCUCAAGUUAAGGGAUCUACCCACAGUACUAUAUAUACCUGGGAUUUUGGAGACAGCAAACCUCCUCUGAUUGAUCUGGGAUUUGAUAAAACAAAAACAAGGACCCAUAAAUACACAAAAGCAGGAAAGUACCAAGUAACUGUUGUGGCUAAAAAUAGUGUUGGUGUUGCUACGUGUACAAGACUUAUAAAAGUUGAAGAUGAGAUAACAGACCUUAAUAUACAGAUUCCAAGAGGAGCUGAGAUAAAUCAUCCUACCAUGGUUAUUGUAAAUGUACUCAGCAAAACAAAUUCAUCAAACUUUGGAUUAAUUCAUUAUGUGUGGAAUUUUGGUGAUCAGUUCAAGCCUAAUGGAACUAAAUCUCUAUUGACAUGGAAUAAUGCUAUGUCACACAACUAUACAUCAGUUAGUAAAUAUAAUUUGACUGUGGAGGCUGUGAAUUCUGUUAGUUCUGUUGUUCAACAUUUUAUGCUGCAAGUUCAUAAAAACUUGACAACACUGAGACUGAUGUUUUCCAGUAAUAUAGAUCACUUCAACACACAGUCUUUAUUAUGGAGAAUAUCAUUUGCUAAUAUUGUGUGUAUGAAUUUAGCAGAGAUACUAUAUGUUGACAGAAGCAGGCUCAAUGUUUUCAUACCAAACCAGAAACCAACAAUGGCUGACGUCACCAUUCUUCCACCUUACCUUGCUGGAAUUACUAUAGAUCAGAUUGUAUUUGAGUUACAAGAUAAAUUACAGACAGGACAGUUGUCAUUUAAAUGGAUGCCAAAUGAAGACCCUAUAACAGUUACCAAAAUAGAAGUCUUAACAGAUGAUGACAACAGAUUACCAAAGAUACCUGAAACUACAACUUCAAUAAAUGUACAGCCACAUGAAAACAGCAGACAAACAUCACCCAUAUUGAUAGCUGUACCUUUGAUUAUUGUAGUUUUUGUACUGGCAGUUAUAGUAGGCUGUUUUAUUAAAAGGUUUAAAAGGAAAUCCAAAACUGGACAGCAGUAUUCACUAAUAUUGAAUAGAAAUCAGUUGGAUACAUCAUGUGCAGAAAGUGAUGAAGAUUUAACAGUAGAAGAUUAUGAUAUACAUGAUGGUGAUACAAAUAUAGUAAUCAAUCCAGACUUCCAGCCAUCUUUAGAAUUUAUGAGUUUAGGAACAACAAAUUCGAAUGAUUUAGUGAGCUGUUGAUGAUGGUUUUAGUUAGAUUUUAUCUGUGAUUAUUGGUGCCUUACUUAUCAGCUUCCAUUUUGUUAAAUUUGCGUGUGAGUGUGUAUGUGUGUUUAUGCAGCUAUUGUUUGUUGUUAAAAAAAGUGUGAUGAAGACACAUUACAAUUUUUGUUCACACAUGUAUAUUAUGUGUUCAUUCUAAACAAAUUGUGAAGUUUGUUCAGACUUGUUAUUUAAAUCAUUUGUGCAACUUACAGAUCCCAUUAGUGCUAAAAUACUAUUUGUUCUUGUUAAUGCUGUAUUUGAUAUUUUAUGUUAAAUUAUUUGAUUAGUUUGUUGAUUACAACAAAGAUUGUUUGUAGACUUUACGUCAGUAUUAUAAGAGAAGAGUGUCUAUUAUGGCAAUGUUUAUAAUGACUAUGCCAAGGAAAGUGAGGAAAUACAUUUUAUUGAUUGCAACAAAGGGGGUUGGCAUCUAUGUUAUAAACAUUUGUAUAUAUGUCUUCCAGUGUCUGUUUUUAAUAGCUUUAUCAAGAUUGCUGCAGCCGAACAAAAUAUUGAUGUGGUAUUUAAGAAUGUUUUCCUGUUAUUAUUCAACAACAAAGCCAAUACACAUUUUACCAUGUGUUGGGCGUAAGGGCAUGCAUGAUUGAUUACAAUUGUUUUUCUCUUACUCAUGAAUCUAUUUGAAGAUCUAUGUUUCUUUCUUUGGCUGAGAUUAUUUGUUUAGACAUUACUAGAGUAUCUAUGAAUCUGAAUUAUGUAAUAAUUAUUUUAUGUGUUUUAAUUUGUUGGUUUACUGGACGGUCUACCCUAUUUUUCCAAUUUGCAGAUUAAAAUAAAUUGAAAUAUUCUUUUUAUGCCCCGGCUGUAGUGGAGGGGGCAUUCAGUUUUACCCUGGUCUGUCAGUAUCAACUAGGUACCGGUCUUGUAUUACAACUCCAGUGUCAAAACAUGGACGGAAACAAUAUAGUCCAUUUUUUUCUAUAAAAAAGAUUCUGGACUCAAUUUUUUCUGUUUGAUUAUAGGUUUAUGCUGAAUUGAAACAUAUAUAUAGAUUAUUAAAAAAAAAUCUUGCAUGUUUUUGGGAUAUCAAUCCAGGAAAGUGGAAGGAUAUCAUGUUUACUGGAAGUGGUGCGGCCUAGUAAAAACAGCAAACAGAAAGUAGAACAAAAAAUGUUUUGACUUCAGGGUUACGUAACUUUUUAUUCUUCGUGGCAAGAGGCCUGCAAGACCCACUUUUUUCCGAUUAAAUCACAAUUUCACAUUAGUACAUACAUGAUAUGAACAUGAAAACAAUUUUCUAUGUAGCAUUUUUUAUUUUUUUAUAUAUCUCGCUAACGCUCUGUGUAAAAUAUCGACAAAUAUAAUGCCUACCUAUAUUAAAAUGAGCAUAGAGCGUGACAUGAAGGAAUUAUUUCUUAAAUUUGAUCUAAUUUUGAUCAAAUCCAUUUGAGCUAAAAAUGUUUCAGAUAAAAUAUUGCAAAAACAACAAACACUAUUGCAGUGCAUGAAGUUUGUAAAAAGUUUUUUUUUAGCAUAUGAUUGUACUUUUCUGAAGUAUAUAAGUUGUAAUUUUUAUUUAACUUUACUUAUAACACCUUGUGUUAUAAAGCAAAUCACAUAUUUGUUUGUGCUUUUAAGCUGCACAAAUCAUCUUGGUUUUUUUUGUGGUCACUACAAUCAUAUAUAUUUAUGUAAAAAUUGUAUCUUUUUUUACCCUAAAAAGUUUGUUGUCAGUUUUCAAGGAAAGAAUUUUUUGAAUGUAUUUAACAAUUAAAGACAUUAAUAAAAGCAUAUUAUUUACAAAAAGGGGAAUCAAGGUCAAAGAUAGAGGCAGAAAUGUAGAAGCUCUUAGGUCCUAAUGAUAUUUUUUUGACAAUUUGCAAACCAAUUGUCAAAAAAUAUCAUAAGGACCAAAGAGCAAUGGUUUUGCAAGGAAGCAAAUUGUCAAAAAGUAUUAUAAGGACCUAAGAGCUAGGGUUCCACGGCUAUGUCAAAGACUGUUACACUUAAUUGUCAACACAGUAACUGAAUGCUUAGAUGUAUUGGCUUUGAAUUAAGAAUGCUUAUUGCUUUCAAUAUUUCAUUAUUUAAACCUUGUUUCUGGAUUUGUGGUUGAUAUAUUUUUCUGAUAUUAGUUACAAAGACAAAGAGUUACUGGCAUUUCAGAGUAAAUGUCUGUGUGCAAGAACAAAGUUUUAUCUUUUUACAUCGCCAUUUAUUUUAUUUUCCAUUUAUGAUAUAUGUUUUCCAACUGUACAUUGAAUGCCAUGUACCUUUUAUCAAUGCAAAACAUAGAACAAAUUUUAUGUACAAACUUAUUGCCUGAUACAUUUACAAAUUAGAUUGUUUGUACACAUACACAUACAAGUAGGAUAGCAAAAAAUAUUUUAUGAUGAUACUAGUACUAGAAAUUUUAAAAAUCUUGAAAAGUUUUCUCAAGGCCAGGGAUUUUUAAUUUGUUGGUUUACGGAUCCGCCAACCCUAUUUUGACGAUUUUCAGAAUAAAAAUAACAUUGAC